CUGAUCACCGCCAAGCGCUCAGUCGGAGUCCGCCAGGUUUAAAAUCCAUCACGCGUACGCGUUUGAGGCGCCGUUCAACCUGUUGAUCGCUGUCAAAACACUUGUGUCAACAAACGAUCCGAUCAGGGAACGAAUGUAAUAAGCGCGCGUAUUCGAUUACAUGGCACGCGAAGUUCACGAAUAUAAUAAUAUUAAUAAUAAUAAGACUGAUAAGAAUAACAGUAUCAUGUGGGCGAUCGCGUAAUUCCAUGUGGAAAAACUAUAUCGUCAAGUGCAUAUCGCGCUGACAUAAGCCGGGUGCCUCAAACAUUGCACCGUAUGUUCGGCACCGAUUGACCGAAUGGAAUUUUCAAAAUCAGCGUUUUGUUAUUCAGCACUACACGUAGCGCGCCUUGCGUCUCGAAUUAUUCGUAACGCUAGAAUUUUAAAAUAUCGAUCGUGAUUACGUAUGUGCGCAUGAUUUGAAACGAGCCGUUUGUUGCUCCGUGUGUAUCGGAGUGUGUUCUUAUAAAACUAGCGGAUUUAUUAAUAUCCCCGAUCCUCGCCGGAAAUCUCUCAACAUUGCCUCGCCAUAUCGGCAGCACGUAAGACGUGGAAGAUAUACACCUCGUCAUUCACCCAAUUCAUUUUCAUAAUUCCCUUCAAAAUUUUUCAUCAAGUUAUCGUUCGUCGACCGAAUUCGUUUGUGUUGUGUAAAUAACGAAAGUGCUCGUGCCUGUGACCGUGGCCUUGUGACUAGUGUGUCAAACGUGCGAUCGCUAUGACCUUUUGACUUCUUUGCCACUGAUCUUUUCUGGAGCGGAUAUGCAGAUAUUUUACCGUUGGAUCAACUCCGAUUAACUCAACGUAACAAUCAUGGCGCGGGCAAUGAUCUGGUGGCUGUGUGGGUUCGCGAUUGCAGCGCAGUUGCCGUCGGGUGUCAUCUCCAAGGCUGGUUUGUGCGAAGUAGAGACGGGUCAGUCGAACAUCAUUCUGGACAUCGAAGAGAGCAGAGGAAACGGUAUCGACCAAGAUACGGUUCCCGAGGAACUUCCGGUUUCCGGUGAUCCCUUCACCGAAACCACAUUAGAGCUGAUAUUCCCUGGCAGACGGCCCAUCUUCACUCUGGUUGGGAAAAAACUGAAACUUCUCGAGCCUCUGGAUAGGGACGCUGAAAACCUUUCACAUGUCGUAUUUCAGCUGACCUGCACCGUUAGAUCAACAAACAAGAAACGUACGAUACCCAUAAUCGUCAGAGUGUCGGACAUCAACGACAACGCACCGAAAUUCAUCAACACACCCUACGAGACCACCGUACCCGAGUUGACGCCGGUCGGUUCGACGAUCUUCAAGAACAUCAUGGCCCUGGACGCGGACGCCGGAGUAAACGGUCUGGUCGAAUAUUCCAUCGCUCCCGGCGAUGGAUCGGGAAUCGGAAACAGCGACGGAGUCGGACGCGACAGAAUAACCACCGCCGACGGUUACGGUUACUUCAGCAUCAACUUACCUCAUCAGGGACAAGUCACCGUCAAUCGGACGCUGGAUUACGAAAAAACUCAACGUUACCUGGUCACCGUCGUCGCUUCGGAUCGAGCGAGGGAUUCGUCCAGGAGAUUUUCCUCGACGACUACCCUUACGGUAAACAUCAAAGAUGACGACGAUCAGGAUCCAUCUUUUAUCUACCAGGGUUGCAUGCUGUCUGACGGCGCAUGUAUUAAUCCGGAAUAUUCCGCUUCCGUAUCCAGUGGAAUUUUAUCGGGAAUUCUCAAUAUUUCGCCGGAGAAAAUACAAGCGGUUGACAUGGACAGUAUAAACGCGAUGAUCCACUACUCGUUUCUCAGCGGUAAUCCACCGAACUACGGAGAAUUUUUUGAAAUAAAUCCAAACACAGGAGCCGUGAAGCAAAUAAAAGCCGUCGACACCACGGUCACCAAAAAAUUUGACAUCAUUAUCAAGGCUGUAGAGGUGUCCGAAGCUUCGCGAUCGGCGACAGCGAAGCUAACGAUUACGGUAAAACCCGUUGAUAGCAAUCCACCGGCGAUUAAGGCCUCGUCCGUCGAGGGAUUUGUCGACGAAAACGCUCCCAUUGGUACCAAAGUCAUCGAUGCCAAAGGCAACUUUAUUGUGCUCACCGUAUCCGACGCUGAUCUGGGACCGGAAGACCCGCAGCCAACGUACACGUUCGAAUUAACGACCAACUUUUUUGCCAUCGAUUCGUCCGGCGUACUCGUCGUUAACGAGGAGAACCUCGACCGCGAUCCACCGAGUCCCGGACGUUUUCGAUUCCAAGUGGUGGCCAGAGAAAAAUCGGGUAUAGCGGCGUCUUCGCCCUUGUCUUUCGUCGUUACGCUGAACGACGUCAACGACAACGCACCGGUACUACCCAUGACGGCACCGAUAACCGUGCAAGCCGGCGAAACGAAGAGAGAAGUGAUCAGGGUGGAGGCAACGGACAACGACGAGGGCGAGAACGCUGAGAUAACGUACAGCAUUUAUCACGUAUCGAACAACGGGAUUCAGAAGUUCAAGAUCGAUCCUAAAUCCGGUAUGAUCGAAUCCAUCGGGAAACUGAACGCCGGCGAACAGUACAGUAUCACCGUACAGGCUACCGAUAACGGCGGCAAAUUCACCCAGACCAUUGUCGAAGUCAACGUGAUUCCGGGCCCUAAUACCAGGAGUCCUGUCUUUCAACAGCCCGUUUACGAAGUACAAGUCAGCGAAGGUGCAUCCAUAAAUUCCACCGUCGCUACGAUCACGGCCGUUGAUCCUGAGAACGAUCCUGUGUCGUAUUCGAUUCUGUCGGGUAAUGAUUUGCGUCAAUUCGCUAUCGGCGACAAGUCAGGUGUCAUAACGGUGAUCAGGAAAUUGGACAGAGAGGACCUCACCCGCUAUCAACUGGUAAUCAAAGCGGAGGAUACGGGCGGACUGUCGAGCACAACGACGGUGAACAUCAAGGUGACCGAUAUCAACGACAAGAAUCCCGAAUUCGAGAAUUUGCCCUACGAAUUUUCCGUAAAAGAAGGUGAGGCAAGGAAGUUGAUCGGUCGCGUACAUGCUUCCGAUGCGGACGAGGGCAUAAAUGCAGAAGUGACCUAUUUCGCUCCCGACGAUAUCCCAUUCACCAUCGAUCCAGACACGGGUGACGUACUCACCAAAGUUGCCCUUGACUACGAGCAAAAUCACGAGUACAAAUUCGUGGUUACCGCCAGAGACGGGGCACCGGAUCCCCGACUCGCCACAGCGACCGUUACCGUCAAAGUCAUCGACGUUGAGGACGAAGUACCAAUUUUCCAUCAAAGUAGCUACGAAGCCAGAGUCAAAGAGAACGUACCCGAUUACAUGGUCACCCAAGUUACCGCUGAUGAUCCGGAUACCAAGAAACAGGUCACAUACGUUAUCAAACAAGGCGAUACCGACUUAUUCAGCAUUGAUCCGAAGACCGGCGUCAUAAAAACCGUCAGAGGUCUCGAUUACGAAAGAGACAAUCAGCACAUCCUCAUUAUCGGGACCGCAGAAAACACCAACGAUCUUCCGGGUGCAACGACUAGAGUCGUUGUCAACGUUCAGGAUCAGAACGAUAUCCCUCCCGUCUUCACCUCGAUACCCCGCCCCAUCACUCUGGACGACGAUGUUCCGAUAGGAACGACGGUCAUCAAUCUCGUGGCGACCGAUUCCGAUGGUACUGCGCCAGGAAAUCAGGUGAGAUACGAAAUAAUCGGACGCGGGAUCGCGAGUAAAUAUUUCCUCAUCGAUCCGGAUACCGGAGUGAUUAGAGUGCGGGACGAUCUGCGGAAGGAAACUGACUCCGAAUAUCAGGUCGACGUCAGAGCGUACGAUUUGGGCUCGCCGCAGCUCUCCUCCGUUACGACCGUGCCAAUUUUCGUUCGCCACGUGGCCACCGUUCCACCGGAAAUCGGAUUAGGAUUUGCCGAAGAUUCUUACACAGUCGAGAUACCGGAGGAUGCCAGUGACGAUACUUUGAUUAAAAUUUUGACCAUUAUCAACAACCACGCUCAUCACGAUACACCGCCGUUGAGAUGCGCCAUUUACAGCGGUAACGAGGACGGACUUUUCGAAGCUAGCAUUACCGAGGAGAGAAACUGUGCCCUGAAAUUGAAAAAAAGUGGACUGGACUACGAGACCAAUGAAUCUUACCGAAUAAAAAUCAAACUCGAAUCUUUGUCCGGACUCGUGAACGCCGACAGAAACACGACUAUGGUCAAGAUCCAGGUCCUCGACGUGAACGACAACAAGCCUUAUUUCGUGUUUCCGGAAAGCGGCCGUGAAUUGACGAAGGGUAGAUACUUCGCGGCCAUCUCUAGGUCCGCACAAUUUGCUUCGACAGUUCUCCAGGUGAAGGCUCUGGACAAGGACAAUGGAAAAUUUGGAAAACUCGAGUACAAAAUCCUCAACGGUCGCGGUUCGGAUUUCUUCACCAUGGAUGGAUUCUCCGGUAUAAUUCGAACCGCCACUACGUUCGAUAACGUCGACAACGCCCAGUUGCCUUUCAAAUUCAACGUCCAAGUCAGAGAUAAUCCCAAUUCGACGACCGAUUCAAACGCCAUCGAAGCGCCGGUUAUCGUCAAUUUGAUCGGUGGUGAAAAUCUGCUGGUUCUCGUCGUUCAGGACGCACCGGCGGAUGUCCUUCAGAAAGAAGUAUCGAAAAUCGCCGGCGUUAUCGAAGACAAAACUGGACUACUGGUCGGGGUUGAAAGAGUCGCCGUGAGAAGAUCCAUCACAAAGAAUGGAACCGUCGAAACUAUCCCUGGAGACUCGGACUUCUGGUUUUAUGCCAUCGAUCCGGUCACCGAAAAGAUUCUCGAAGGGAACAGCUCGCUGAUCAAAAGAGUGCUGUUGGACAGAUCUGCGGUAUCCAACAUCACUUUUGACGUCUCGACUUUGAUCCAUGCGACUGCUACUGAUAUUCACGUACCCGUGUCCGUCCCCGAGCCCAUCGUUAAACAAACAACGAUUGCGUUCAGUGGCGAAGUUUUCCCCUACGCCCUAAUCGUUAUCGCCUGCAUCAUCCUAGUCCUGGGAAUCGCUGGGAUAAUAUACAUCUGCAUCUCGUGGUCAAGGUACAAAGCUUACAAAGAUCGUAUGCAACGUAUGUACGUCGUACCGAGGUACGAUCCCGUCUACGUGGAACCGAAUCUCAAGGAAUACGAGACUCAGGUACUGCAGAUGAGCGUACCAGUCGAUGACAAUGACAGCUACAACGACUUGCAGCUCGAUUUCAGUAACAAGAACCACGCUUUCAGCCUCGACAAUGUCAGCUACAUCACAAAGGAUCACGGUGGAAGCACAGGUCAACAGAGUCCGGUGAGUUCGGAAGCGGCGACAACCGCAAGAGCCUCGAGCAUCGCCGGAAAUCACGCGGAUUCGAACGCCCAAUCUUUACGUCGUAAUACGCUAGGGCGAAAAAACGUCAAUCUAAAUACAAUGAACACCAUCAACAACAUGAAUACCCUCAAUAGUCACAAUCAUAAUCACGACACGCCGGUUCUCAAUCCGCUCUACAACCACGGGGACGAACUUCUCAAUCCGAGUCCUUCCAACGAUAACGUAACUUUUCGAGAAAGGAAGGAUUACUCUCAUCUGGGUUUCACUUAUCUCGGCGAUCAAAGUCCCGUCGAAACAACCACGGAAUUAUAGUAAACCGUCCGGAAAAAAAAUGGAAGAAGUGGAUCACACUUGUACCGAAAAUGACGUGAGUUUUUAUAGUUGUAACAAUCUAAUCCUAUGUGCGCAUCUGCGGGGAUAUUGACAAGUAUAUUUUACUGAAUGAUAUCGUUUUAUGUAGAAAAAAAAAAAAAAGAAAAAGCUCGUCAUAAAAUUUCGGUAAAAUUGGAAACCUGCUCGUGUGUGUCCCUUGCGAGAAUCAAAAGGCUGCGCGAUUUAUACGUUUUCGAUAUAUCCGCGCGGCGACAAGUUGUAAAAGUAAACGCGUUUCAAGACUCAAUUAUAAUUUAUGUGAACAUGUGAACGUUUUCAAAUGUAAUCGGACGUCGCGUUUACGACUGCUGUAGAGUGUACUUAAUCAACGAAAAUAAUUUCAUAAAUUUACACUUAUUAUUAAUAUAAUGUUUUUUUUUUUUUUUUUAAUGAUAUAAAUAAUACUUCCUUACGUGUGUACGCUGCAAUGCUAUGCGAAUUGUUUUUGUUUGUUUUUAUUAUAAUAUAUAUUAUAUAUAUUAUAAAUGUGUAAAUUAUGUCAUCGCGGAGUAUAAUUGGUCAUAUGAAGACGGAAUGAAUGUAUAAUAUUGCCAAUGUUCGAUAGAAAAUUCUCCUUACUUUUAGAUAAUGAAAUAAUAUUUUUGUACAUUGAUAUUCUGACGGAAUUGUGCGGCAAUUAUUACGAUGUAUUCUUUUACUCGGUAUGUAAUAGUGUCCAUACAUGAGAUUAAUGUAUGAUAAAAAAUAUAUUAUUAAAUAACUUUAUCAACGUCGGUAAAAAAUAAAAGAUACGAUAUUCGCAUAAUACACGCCUGUAACAUAAACUGCGCAAUAUGGCGGUCGAUUUUGUAAAACUAAUAAUACGACAUGAGGAUCGAUAAUAAUUCUUUUCAUUCGGAGUCAGUAACCGUCCAUUAUAAGUAGGAAUUAUGAAAAUAUUUAAUUUCAUCACACGAGAAGUUGUUGAAAAAAAUUCUUACAACUGACCCAGUUCUACAAAUAUACGUAUACUAUAGAGGUAUGAAGAUUCAAUGAGAUCUCGUACUAUAAUUUAUGAUAUUACGUUGCAAUAAUUCUUAUUUUUUACAUGAGUAAAAAACGAGGAAAAAAUAAUUGCAUUUGCUCAUAUUAUGCAUUUUUUUUUUAGUAACCGCAUAAUUAUUGUUAAAUGAAACGUAUGUGUGCCUUGUUUGUCUUUUUUUUUUUUUUCUUUUUCUUUUAUUUUUUUAAUCGCAUUAGUCUCGAUUCGAAGAUGGUUAAUUGAACGACGUCAUAUCGAGGAAAAUACCGGGAGCUGCAGGUGGUGAUCGGUGCAUAACUUUUACUGUUCGUACGUCAGUCGAGUCUUACGAGAUAAGGAAACAGAAAUUAACGAAAAAUCCUUGACGAUCUUACACUAGGAAUAUCUGGUCGAACGCAUAAUAUUUAAUUUAACGAAAUGAAAUUAUAUUAUUGUAAAAAUUUGUUAAUAAUUAUUAAUAAAAAAACAAAAAAAAAAACAAAA